AUUAAACAGAAGUGGUGGGAAAAUCCUCUCAAGCAGACUAUAGCCAAAGGCAAGGGAUGAACAGAAAUAAAACACGUUUCUCUCCAUUUGCUGAAGCUGUCCGCGCUGUUUGCGAAAACUAUGUGAAAAGUUAAGCGAUUUACAAGACAGCUACGCAGGACACAAUGACGGAAUUAUCUGAGGCUAAUUCAACUUACUUGUCCACUUCUAACGAAGAGCCAGAGCUAAAUAGCAUUAGCUUUCGUCAAAGUUUGCGCUUCUUUCAGGAUCAACUAAUCUUGAACAACAAAUCAUUUCCAUCUUUGUCAACUUCUCGUGUAACAAACAAUGAUGUCAUCGACUUCACAAGUGAUGACCACCAAGUUGAAAAGCAAAUGACCUUAACCAAAAAAGACCGGUGUUUUGACGAGACUUCUAAAUCUUUAAAUAACAACAAAAUAUCGAUUCCAACAGUAGAUACUUUUCUCGAAAGUGUGCGAGUUCUUCGAGCUAUCCAGAAAAGCCAAGAACAAAGAGGAUCUUCAUGGUCUUUAAAUAUGUCGAAUUCAGAAACAGAUUUGAUACAACAUUCUCUUCAAUCUGAAACUAUUAUGACUAAAGAUCCAAACAUAUUCCAAAGUAACAAUGGUGGUCUGCCCAUUUUAGUUGACAGCAAGAUAAAUGGUAACGAUAUGACAUCGAGUCCUGAAAUAGUUCUUCCAGAAAGAAGUGAUAAAUCACAAUCAUUUUGGCCCAGCCAUAAAAUAAUUUGUGAAGAAAAUAUAAUUGAUGUCAACAACACUAGCGUAAAUUUUACAGAACAAAAGAGUAAAGACCUUAAUGAGGAAGAGCAAGGACUGAAAGGAACUUCUACAUCAAUUCAUACCUAUGGUACCCAAAACACACUGGAAAAGUAUUCUCCGGACAUUAAUGAGCAUGCUCUACAUGAGAAUUCCAAUUCCAGUGACUAUGUGUUAGCCUCUACCGAAGAAGCUCCUGAAGCCAACUUGCUAUCGAUAACCACAGAUUCUGGUUAUAAUACUUCUGUUAGCAAUGAAACAGGUCACUUGAAAUACGAAGAAAAUUCCGAUUUUACUGAUAUGUCAUCGGUUACAUCGAGUAAUUUUGAAGAUAAAACUCCAGAAAUCGCAAAUGAGAAAAGCAAAAAUAAUGAUGGAGCAAAUGGUGAUAUUUUCAAUAACAGAAGUGAUUCUGUACAGGAUGAUGUAUUUUACAGUGGUGAAGUGACAAAGGAAUUCAAAUGGCCGAAAGGUAAAACUAUAAAUGACAUGCCUUCAGUCACUUCGGGUGACUUAGAAGAGGAGUCCAAAGAAAUCGCAAAAGAAAUAAGCAAGCACGAUAAUGAUCAAAAUAAAGGCACUUCAAAUAACAAACUCAAUUCUACACAAGAUGAGACUCUACAUAUUCGUGAGUGGACAAAUGCAUUCAAAGGUUCUAACGACAAAACUGAAACUCAAACAAACGCUUUGGAUAUACCUUCAUUUCAAUUUAUGCAUUUUCGACCAGAAUCUACAACUGACACAUGCAGUUCCUACUACAUGUCAGCAGAAGGCAGCCCCUGUGCUUCCUUGCAAAACGACUUUGAACAAACUAUUCAUACAUUUGAAAACCAUCUGGCAUAUUCAAGUCAGUGUGUGAAUAAUAAAGAGGAAAAAAAUAGUCCCAUGGAAGAAUGGACAACAGACUCUUCACAGAUUUGUACAAAUACUGAAAAUGACUCCGAAACAAGAGAAAGUGUAUCUUCACUUUCUUCAACAUCAAUUGAUAUCAACAUUUUAGAAGAUCAUCCAAUGAUAGAUACACUUGAUGCUUCACAAAGAACUGAAGAACUACUUAAUGUAACUUCAAUAUCAACAGAAAAAGCCAAGUCUAUAAACUCGGAUGAUGAAUCAUAUCAUAGUUGCUCAUUAUUAGAAUGUAACAGUCCUAGUCCUAGUUUUACAAAUAUAAAUACAUAUGCACACAAGAACGAUUUACUUGAUAUUUCUCCUGAAAAUAGAACUAACGAAAUUAAUGGCAACCACAUUAAGGAACCUACAAGUAUAUUAAAAAGUAAUGAUAUGAACAGAGACGUAGAAAAUGCGAAUGUAUUAAUGAAGGAAAAGAAUGGAUCGUUGAACUCUAUUAAGAUAACUACUUUAAAUGAAAAUGAGGAUCAAGCUGAAAUUCAUGGAGUAAAGAAAUUCACAACAGCAUCUUGGAAUCUAGAAGCUAUUGUGGAUUCAUUAUACACUCUUCCAGAGCCUAGAAUAUCAAAGGAACAUCCAGUUGAAAAAAAAUUUUGCAAGGAGGUCUUAGUGUUGUCUCAAGGUGCCUUUUCUAAAUAUCCUGAUGGAUACUACACACUGAAACUUCAACAGCAGUUCAUAGUAAUAAAGCAGGAAAAUAAUGUAUUGCUGGAACUACUUUUAAAAUAUACAGACAUCUUUGUAAAUAGAAAUAUCCUGCAACUGGAUAAUAAAAUAGGAAGAAGUGUGUACAUUAAAUGCACUACACAAGAAGAAGCAACAGAAAUGAAAGAAGAAAUACAGAAAUAUUGUUCAGGAUGUUGGGCAGCAGAACAAAUUAACCUUGUUCAUUAUCCUCUUAAAUACCAUCAGAAUGUCGUAAUAAUUGACCUUGGAAGUUGCUCAACCAGAGCUGGAAUUCUGAUGGAUCAACCUACAUUACCCUUCCUUUUCUUUCCUAGUGUAUGUGCCAUUGAUAAAGUAACAGGCAACCAUGUAUAUGGAAAAGAAGCUCUUCAACAUGAUAUCAGACAAAAUUCAAAUCUAUCAUUCCCUUUGCGACCAUCAAUUAAAAUAAUAAAGCAUAGUCUAGAUGUAAGUUUAGUAGGAGGCAUCUUCAAACAGAUAAUCAAAGACUUAAAAGUAGAUCCUACUAAUUACACAAUUCAAGUUUGUUUACCAAGAACCAUUAGCAUCCAAGAUCAAAACACACUAGUGAAACUGCUGUUAGAAGAUAUGAAUGUUCAAUCAGUCAGCUUAACACAUCAAGCUAUUCUCACACUAUAUGCCCACAACGUUAGUACAGGUAUUGUAGUGGACAUUGGUGACAGAAUGGAUAUUUUACCAGUAGUUGAUGGAUUCGUAGUAGAAAAUGGUGUAACAAGAUUACCAUAUGGUGGGCAAAGACUAAUUCAUCAUAUGAAACAUGCUUUAGCUGAGAAACAUAUAAGUUUAUCGAAUGACAUUGAUUCUUUUGUUGUACAAUAUAUUGCUGAAAAUCUUUCCUAUAUUGCUGAAGAUUAUGAAAAUGAAAUGAGACUAACUGUUGCAUGUCCAGAAAUGGUGAGAAAAUCAGUUACACUAGAACCAUUUGCUAAGGAUUUUAAUUGUGUUCAACAAGCUGUUCUUGAUGAUGCUCGCUUCUGCGUACCAGAAGGGUUGUUUAAGCCAAGUUUAUGGGGUUUGGAUAAUCCAGGAGUACAUAAGCUAGUGCAAAAAGCUAUCCAAGCAACAGGUGUUGAUGUCCGUAAAAAAAUUGCUGAAAAUAUUUAUGUUAGUGGUGGAGUAACAAUGAUACCAGGCUUUGUUGAAAGACUACUUAAAGAAUUAUCAACUCUGAAUAAACCAAGAAUAGUUCCAAAAGUAAUUGCUUCAAGGUAUCGCUACCAUUGCACAUACAUUGGAGCUUGUGAAUUUGCUCGAAUGGAAAUCUUUCCUAAAGUGUGCGUGAAUGCAGAAGAAUACAGCAAGAAACAGUUAGCAUCCCUGCAAAAAUUUGUUCUGUGCUUUUAGAUUAGAUAGACUGGACAAGAUAUAUUAAUAUUCCUGAGAUAUAUGGGUCUAAAGAGUGAAAUAUCUAUAAAAUCCAUAUAUAAAAUUGUAAAUACAAAGAAUAUUUAAUAUCACUUGUAAAUGUAAAAAUAAAUAUGUAUUUGAAUGUCAU